AUGUCAGCGUCAGGCAAGCUGCCCGUCAUCGCCGCCAUCGCAGGAGCCGGCGCAUCUCUCGCUGCCAUGGCCUCGUCCUCCACCCUACGCGCCUUCCUGUCGCGCCUCCUGGGCAUCAGCGCUCCGGGAGGGACAUGGAGGCUGAUCGCCCUGAUCCUGGCUGCCAUCAACCUCAAGAACCUCCCGUUCAUGUGGCACGUAAGCAUCACCACUUCCAUCCCCACGACGAAACCCCCAUACUCACCCAGCACCCUCCAGAUCCGCCUCUUCCGCGGCCUCGUCUACCAGCUCUACCUGCAACCCACGCCUCUGCCCCCGCGCGCCCUCUUCCAACCCAUCGUCACCUCCACCCGCACGCCCCUCACCGAAUGCGACUACAACCUGCACAAGUCCAACUCGACCUACUUCUCCGACCUCGACAUCUCGCGCACCCACCUCGUCACCGCGCUCCUCCGCCAGGGCAUCCGCAGCAUCAACAAGCCCCCCAAGGAUGGAUCCGAGCCAGACACGCGCCCGGGCAACUUCGCCAUCGCCCUCGGCGGCAUCACCUGCCACUUCCGGCGCGAGGUGGCGCCGUACGCCCGCUUCGAGAUCUGGACCCGCCUGCUGUGCUGGGACCGCAAGUGGCUCUAUCUCGUCUCGCACCUGGUGCGCCCGGGCGUCGCCGAGCCGCCCGCGUCAUACACGCUGCAGCCGUGGCGCCGGCGUCGGGGAGGAGGAGGAGGAGGAGGAGGAGGAGGACGAGGAAAAAAGGAUGAGGACGAGGACGAGGAAGCACGGCGGAAGAAGCUCAACGCCGCCGUGUACGCCACCAGCAUCGCCAAGUACGUCGUCAAGAAGGGCCGCUGGACCGUGCCGGCCGAGCAGGCGCUGCUGAACUCGGGCCUGUUGCCCGGCCCGCGCCCGCAGGAGCUGGGCUCGCUCGAGAGCAAUGCCGAUUCCCCGCCUCCUCCUCCUCCCGUUGCUGCUGCUGCCACCAGUGGCGCCGUGGAUGGCUCCUAUGUCUUGCCCACCCUCGCGCCGCGCGCUGGCGACGACGACGACGCAGCCGACGACCAGUGCGAGUUGACGUGGCCCGAGAUCGAGGCCGAGCGGCAGCGCGGGAUGAAGCUGGCGGAGCUGUUCGCCGGCCUCGAUGAGGCGCACUUUGAGUUCACGGGGGGCAAGGAUGGUGUCUUGGGAGAGUACUCCGAUAUGCUUACGCCGUUUUGGUGA